AUGGCCGAUUCAAUCACAGAACCACAAGCACCCAUCGCGGUAUUUAAGAAGCGCGGCGCAAAGGGCAAAGCGAACAUUCGAAAACGUCCUGCGACGCCACCUCCCGCCGAUAGCGACGAUAGCGACUACUCAUCAUCAGAAGACGAGUCUGGACAGCGCGUCAAGCGGCGCAAGAAGACCGCUACCGUUACAGCUUCUUCUAAGGACGUGGCCACGGGGAGAAAGGAUCUUUCGGCAACGAUUUACUCGGCGGAUCGCAAUGUACCCAUCACAAGCACCAACGAUGCGACCAAGCACAGCAACUGGUACGAGGAAGAAUCCAAGGAUGACCUUUCGGCCAAAAACCUUUUAGGCUCAACGAGAGCUGUCGCAAAGGAUUCGCAACCAGAUGGAACAUACAAGGGACUCGCCAACCGGUCAACAUUCAUCCAGAAGAACCCCGAUGCGCCGAACCGAGCAAAAGGCCCUGUCAAGGCGCCUACAAAUAUCCGAACCAUUACAGUUAUGGAUUUCAAGCCUGAUAUCUGCAAAGAUUACAAAAAGACCGGAAACUGUGGUUUUGGAGAUUCUUGCAUCUACCUCCACGAUCGAACAGACGUCAAACAAGGCUGGCAGCUCGACAAGGAGUGGGAGGAAGUCACAAAGGGCAAGAAGAACCUAGGCGGCACCAUCAUAGCGAGCGCGAACCGUGACCAGCCGGCAAAGGUCGCAGAGGACGAGGCGGAGAUAGCAAUGUUAGAGAAGAUCCCGUUUGCAUGCAUCAUCUGCCAGGAGUCAUAUAGGGAGCCUAUUGUGACGAGGUGUGGGCACUACUUCUGCGAGCCAUGUGCGCUGAAGAGAUACCGAAAGGACCCAACCUGCGCAUCAUGUGGUGCUAGUACGAACGGAGUGUUUAACUCGUCGAAGAAGCUGAAGAAGCUAUUAGAGAAGAAAAAGGAGCGUGAAGAGAGGAAGAAAAAGGCUGAAGAGGAGGCGGCGAGAGAGGAGCAGUGA